AACCGCGCCGCUCGCGCCGCCGCCGCUCAAACCGUGCCGCGUCUGAUUCGUCUCCCCCUCCCACCCGCCAGCUCCACCUGAUUGAUUGGUGUGGGGAUCGAUCCGUGCGUCCGCCUGCCCGCCCCCGCGGAUUUCUUCUCUUCUCGGUUUCUUAACCGCCAAGGCAUGUCUCAUCAUCACCACCAGGAGCAGCACAAUGCGGCAGAGGCGAUGGAGGAGGAUGACUACAACAUGGACGACGACUCGGAUGGCGAUGACUUCCUUGGACAGGGGGCGAGGAAUGACUCCGACUCUGACGAAGAUGAUGGGGAUGACGACGCGUACGCCCAGGGGGACUAUAAGGCAUCUGACACAUCAGCGGAAGAAGCAAGACGUGGAAAAGAUAUUCAAGGAAUACCAUGGGUUCGCCUGGCGACUACCAGAGAAAAAUACAGGGCGAGGAGAUUAGUGGAGUACAAAAACUACGAGAACAUACCUAAUUCUGCAGAAGGAGCGCUGAAGCUAUGCAAAUCUACUGAGAAGGGCGGAAAGUAUUAUGAGUUCAGCCGAAAUACUAGAAAAGUAAAAUCAACUAUCCUACACUUUCAGCUGAGAAAUUUAGUAUGGGCUACAUCAAAACAUGAUGUCUACCUAAUAUCACAUUACUCGGUACGACACUGGUCAGCCUUGAGUAGUGCGGACACAGAAAUUAUGAAUGUCGAAGGGCAUGUUGCACCAAAUGAGAAGCAUGCAGGAAGUUUAUUAGAAGGCUUUUCUCAGACUCAAGUUAGUACAAUGGCAGUCAAGGAUAAUUUGCUAGUAGCUGGUGGUUUCCAAGGAGAGCUAAUAUGUAAAAACCUCAACCAGGAAGGAAUAAGCUAUUGCUGCCGGACAACAUAUGAUGAGAAUGCAAUUACCAAUGCAGUGGAAAUUUUCAAUACUUCUAGUGGUGCUGUUCACUUCAUCGCAGCUAUUAAUGACUCCGGUGUAAGAGAGUACGAUAUGGAAAGAUACCAGUUAUAUAAGCAUUUCCGCUUUGAAUGGCCAGUAAAUCACACGUCCCUGAGCCCUGACGGAAAGCUUAAUGUUAUUGUUGGGGACGACCCAGAUGCUUUGCUUAUUGAUGCUAAUUCAGGAAAGACUCUUCAUUCUAUGAAAGGUCACUUGGAUUACUCAUUCGCAUCUGCUUGGAGCCCUGAUGGCCGGACAUUUGCCACCGGGAAUCAAGACAGGACAUGCCGGGUGUGGGACGCGAGAAAUCUCUCGCAGUCCCUCCAUGUCUUGGGAGGCAAUAUUGGUGCUGUAAGAUCCAUCCGCUUCACGUCGGACGGCCAGUUCCUGGCAACAGCGGAGCCCGCAGACUUUGUUCACAUCUUCGAUGUCAAAAGCGAUUACAAUAAGAGGCAAGAGCUGGAUUUCUUUGGCGAGAUAUCUGGUAUAUCUUUCAGCCCAGACACGGGCACUCUCUUCGUCGGCGUCUGGGAUAGGACCUACGGCAGCCUGCUUCAAUAUGACCGUCUCUAUAACCGCUCGUACCUUGACUCGCUGUUUUAUUAAGGUCAAAGCUAACAUGUGUCGACCCUCCCGUGUCUUGGUUAUGGUGAUUUCAAUUGGCGCUGACAUAACUUGGUGGUUCUUAAUAAUUCAUGUAUCAUGUUCUAUGUUGUACAUAAACAAAUGUAUACUGGCAUAGCUUGCCUUGGGGUAGGAAUCAUCACAAAGUUGAUUUUCUAGGGCUAGAAUGUAACUUUUGUCUGUGAACAUCUCAUGCUGACCGAACCA